UUGCUUUUUUAAUAAUUCAUUAUGAAAACAAUACUAAUUGUAAAAGUAAUAUUUUUGAUGGCUGCCAUGGAGGCUGGAGCUCAGUUAUUACCUUCGACUCCGCCCGUCGUGAUCUGGGGCGCUAAAUUAACGGAGCCACGCAACAUCUUCCACACAAUCAAGUCGAAGAAAUUCGCUGCUCGUGUGCGGCCGUUGCUCAAGGAUCACAUGUUGAUUGCCUACUUUGCGCCGCUGCUUACCGCGAAGAAUCUGAGCUGCCUGCAGCCUGACUGCUUUGCCUAUCUGCGUAAAGAGGAGCCACGUACGUACUACAGCAAGAUUCGCAAGCCAAUGGCAGCGCUUGGAACGCUCUUGGCCGAGCACAAUCAGGAACUGGUCUGGAGCGAAAGAGACAAAAUGUUGCAUCUGCCUUGCAAGAAGGGUCACAUAUAUGCCUACAAUUUCCAGACUCAAAAUCUAACCGAACACGAUAAGUUUAUGGAGACCGUGGCCUCCAACCUAACGGCCUGCCAGCUUGUCCAGAUCUACACAGCACAUGGGGAGCCGACAGAGGAGAUCGAGCGACGCAUACGUAGAACAGAUCAAGCGAAGGAAAGCACGCUAGCCGAGCAGCCGAUUGCAAAGCCACAAAUGCAAACCAAGUCGCAAAUGCCAUCGAACAUCAGCCGUAGUGAACCGAUAGCGGGUGCUGAGAACCAGACUACAGCGGUAAUGGUUUUUCGACAUCCGAAGGCCAUCAUUACUUUGAGCACGAUUGUCUAUGCCGAGGAAUACUCCACUGGCGUUUCCGUUUACUACAGACGGCAGUACAUUCGUAUGACCGAGGAGGUGAAGUUUGACAUUGUACUGCGGGAUCCAAAGAAUAUAAGAAACGGCGUCGCCCUUCUCAUAAACACGACAGCGGGAAAUCUUCGGCUAAUAUUGUUGCCUGUUGUUGGUAAUUGGCGCAUAUACACCUUAAUUUUUCGCAAUGUAACGCAUAUGCCCAGAGACCUACUGUUCUAUAGCAACAAAUUUAGUUUCUGUUGCCAAUCCCUAAACGCGUAUUCCAAGAAAGGGGGUCGCGUCAGCCUGCAAUCACUCAGCAUGGAUGUUAUUGUAGCUGAUAACGUUACGGCGACGGAUCCCGACUAUAUACCCAAGCCCUGUUGGCUAUGCGAGGUAUAUCUAACACCUGCCCUCACACAGACGCUCUUUACUGUCGCCAUAUUGUUAGUAAUGUUGGUCUUCGGCAUAUCCAUAUUCUUCAAUAUGGGACAAAAUAACCAACUUCCGAACGGCAACGAUCCGAAUCCAUUUGUAAAGUCUCAUUGAAUGAAUCCAAAUAU